AUCAGCUUCUUACUACUGAGAUAAAAAGGACAUCUCUGCACUUUGACUCACUUAUAGCUCAGACAUGCCUUCAGUCGGACUGGAGAUACUUGGAGUGAGCCUGGCUGUCCUGGGAUGGAUCGCAGCCAUCAUGUCCUGUGUCUUACCCAUGUGGAAAGUGUCAGCUUUCAUCGGGGUGAACAUAGUUACAGCCCAGACGACCUUGGAGGGCAUCUGGAUGAGCUGUGUGGUCCAAAGCACUGGUUUUAUGCAGUGUAAACCCUAUGACUCCAUGUUGGCUCUAGGUGCCGACCUUCAGGCUGCUCGUGCUCUCACUAUCAUCUCCAUCGUGCUGGGCAUUAUGGGAAUCAUGGUGGCCCUUGUGGGGGCAAAGUGCACCAACUGUGUGGAUGAAGAGACAGCCAAGGCUCGGGUGAUGAUAGCUGCUGGGGUGACCUUCAUCUUGGCUUCUCUGACCCAGAUGAUCCCGGUGUCAUGGUCUGCCCAUACUAUCGUUGUGGAGUUCUACAGUCCAGUCAUACCUGAGGCACAGAAGAGGGAGAUAGGUGCAGCUCUGUACCUGGGCUGGGCUGCAGCUUCAUUUUUACUCGUUGGAGGGGGCAUCCUCUGCUCUAGUUGCCCCUCACAACCUGAGAGAUUGUAUAGGCCUCCAUCAAAGAUGACAUACCCCCAAACCAAGUCAGCUGCCCCAAGCGGUUACGAUAAAAGAGACUACGUCUGAACUUCUACCUACCCAUUUCCUACACCUUUGCCAUCAUGUAUGUAUGUCCUUCUGAAUAGACCCUACAUCAGACUUGUUUUCCUGUAUGUUUUGUGUGCAAAUGUGUUACUGCUGGGAGCACCAAGGCUAAGAACUCUAUGUUAGUGACAUGGUGUGUCUUGUGUUUUAUGCUUCAUAAUAAUUGUACUGUAUAAUGUAUGAUCAAAUUUAGAGAAGAGUUGAAUCUGUAACUGUGCUUUUUUUACUGCAUUGUUUGUUUUUUUUUCAUCAUAAAGCUAUGUUUUUUUAAAGAACAUAGCAUUUGAGGUGAUCACAUCUCUAUAGACCCAUGGAAAAUGAUUUUGUACAAUA